UCUUUUUAACAGUAAUUUUCUUGAUAAUACAAUACAUGAUUGUGCAAGUACUUCAAGAAGCGAUAAAAGAUAACAAUUGCUUCUUAUGACAUCAUCGCUUUCGGAAUAAACAACAGGUGAUUCUAGGAUUCGAUGAAUGACGUAGUAGUAUGUAUAUACGCAGUGAGAAGAAAUUCCCAGAAGUAUGACACGUUGUAUAAGAUUUUCGUUCAAUGCUAUGAUUCGUUCAAAGCGAAUAUAGAUAGGCACACAUUAAUGCGAAAGGAAGAAAGUAGAAAAAUUCUUGUAACGCGCAUAUGCAAACGAUCUGAUCAUUUAACUGCAUCUCACUUUACUCGAACUACGCGAUAAUGAUAUUGAAUAACCGUCCAUUGUGUAUUUUUGUAACAGUUAAACGGUACUUAUGAAAUCAACGUUUAUUUCAAUAUUAAGAUAUGUUUUUCAUGUAUUCUCAUAUUGCCCAUAUUCUCUAAAUAAUGUAUAGAAGUUUAAAGGAGGGAUGUAGCCAAACGGUCACGUGGUUUAAACGCGCCAUCGAUAGGCACUUGUAAAGGGUAAGGGGAAAAGGGAGAUACGGCGCGAAUAUAUAUAAUCUUCCGCUCACGCUCCACCACCCAAUUCUGCUUGGACUUCGAACACGUGUGCAUACGUGCAAGCAUUCCGAGGAGGGAAAGUUUUUAUUUGUUUGGUGCGCUCAUUGUAUGGAGCGAGAGAAGAGUAUAAAACACGGAGAGAGCCCUGUAGAGCCAAUAAGCAGCUGCAGGGAUGAGCAUGGCUUUGUGCCAACAGUUGGUCGCUGGGGCAGUGAAUGGCCGAGUUGACUCGAGAAGACAGAAAUAUGGUGCCAGCCACAGGGGCAGGCACGCGGGCCCUGGAUCAGGGGUGUGCCGCUACCCCUGCCGGUGUGGGCCCAUUAUGAAUCACCAGCCCUGAUCGUAUCUACGGUCGAACAAUAUGAGGAACUAGCAGGCAGUGUUGAAUUAGAAACUCAACGCUUAUUGCGUGAGCAUAGAUAUGACACUAUUGGCAACUUCCUCAGGUUCUACAAGAAUUAUAUUAUGAGUGGAGAAAGUAAAUUGGAACGAUUUUAUCGCAAGUAUCAGCCUUUAAUAACACCUGAACACUAUACAUGUGUUGGGCUUGGAUUUGAAUUACUACGUCGAUUACGUAGUUUAAAUAACAAAUAUCCUGAUAUAGCUAGUGGGCUCUACUUAGUGUCUUGUGAAGAAACGAUUGGAGAUAUUGCUAGUUAUGUUGGAGGUCCACCGGCUGCAGAUAGUGGAGAGAAAGAACACGUUCUAGUGUGCCUGAAAAUCAAGAUUAAUGGACGUCAAGGUGUUAUGCUUCUUGAUCCUGGUUAUCAUGUUGCUCGUGUGAUUACAGUAAUGGCUGAUAAAUUAUAUCCUCAUACGGGCUGGUUUACUCAAUCUGAUGAGCCAAAUUGUAAGAAAGAGUACAACUAUUUUCUGUGUGCUGAAGAUCCUGAUUAUGUCGAAUGGCAUGAAAGGGAAACUCGACCAGGUGCCUUGGAAAGAACACAAGUUGCUCUUAUUUAUAUGGCAAGGCCAUAUCUUACUGCCAUUGAUGUUACGGAACGCAGAAAUUUGGUUUACAAUUUCAGAAGUUUACUUGCCCGAGACACUAAAGGUCAUGUCACAGCUGGUAUAUAUUUUCCCAUUGUCCUAGACAUGAACAAUGCACAAACUUUUACGAUUUUUUAUCAAACAAAUAGUGGUAAGAAAAGGAUUAAAAUGCCAUUCAACAAAUUCUGCAGCUCGCCUAAAAUAAGUCCUGAUGCAAAGGAAACUGAAAUUAUUUCAAAAAGUGCUCGUCAAUUGGGUCUAACACAAGAUACACUGAAGGAUAUGCUUUCAGCUCUAGCUACUGUCAUGAGUGAUUCAACUUUUUUGGCACAACUCUUGACCAUUAAUGCAAGAAUUAACACCCUUGCAGAGGAUAAUUAACAGAAGACAGUCCACCCUGUGCGGUGCCAAUACAACAUUAUAUUAUAUCAUAUCUUUUGCCAGCUUUCCUCUUAUGUUCUUCUAUUUCUAUUGACUAUCAUAUUUACUCUUUCUUAUAUGUAAAAUUAUUUUUUUGACAACGAAAUGUAAAGAAAUCUCUGUUAUUAAUUAUUUUUAAUAUUUCUCCAUUUUUAAAUUAAUCUAAAUUCAGCAAAGAUAUAAAAUUUAAUUCUAUAUAAUAUUUUAUAAAAAUUGAUUAUUUUUUUUGUAUAUUUUCAAAAUGCUAGAUAUAUUUAAAUACUUAUUGAAACUAUAUGAAUCUUGCUUUUCAUAAUUAAGUUUCUUAAUUUUUUUAAGAUUUAAUUUUACUAAUCCGUCAUUUAUUUAUGAGGUGUUGUUAUGAAACUUGUUAAUCAGUAAUAAUGAGAAAAAAAAUAUGAGAUAUAUAAAAUAACAAAUUUGAUAAAUUCCCGUUAUUUAAAUUAAAUUAAAUUAAAUUAUAUUAUAUUAUUCUUAUUUAUAUAUACAACAGGUUUCUCUAAGGUAAAGCUAAUGUCAGGGUUGCUUUAAUUUAUUAGAUUUUUAAUAUGGUGUAACACGAAUGUUUUAGUUACUAAAUUCAUUUUAUGCAAAUAAAUUUUCGAACAAAUAAAACUUUUAAAAAAA